UUUUUCCCUCACCUGAAUUCCUCCUGAUCUUUACACUGGGGGAAAAUGAGAAUUUCAGGGAUUGGUUAUCAAAGAAGAGCCGUGCUUCAAUCCUUGCUGUGCAUUUAGUGAAAGUAGAAUUUGUAUUUCCGUUACUAUGGAAUUCCUUUCUUCACCCUAGUCUGUUGAAGUUUGCCAGUGCUCCAAUCUGCUGGUGUGUGUGGGGAGAGCCCCCGGGGGUGUUGGAGCUUGACAACGAGGCCGCCGUUUCAGCGGCGGGGAAGGACGAGCGGGGAGGGCGCUCACACAGGCAGAGCCUGCUGAUGUACGCGAUCGGCUGAGGAGGGAGAGAGAGAGUCUGCACCGCCGCCAGCCUUUGCAUGAAUUCUUUUAAAAGAUGCCGAUGUGGAAGAAGAAUAUGCCUUCAUGUUUGCAAGCUGAUCACGAAAGAGAUGAAGGACCAUAUGCCAAAUCUACAAACCAAUCAAAAGCCACAGAAGGCACUUUGGCAGUCCGAAGACAAAGCAUUUCAGAAGAAUUCAUGGGUCAAACUAUAGUAGAAUUGAUGAAAAAGGAAGGCAGCACCCUGGGUCUCACGGUAUCUGGUGGAAUAGACAAGGAAGGAAAGCCCAGAGUAUCCAAUCUACGACCUGGAGGAAUUGCUGCGAGAAGUGAUCAGUUAAAUAUUGGAGACUACAUCAAAUCUGUCAAUGGAAUCAACUUAACAAAAUUCAGGCACGAUGAAAUCAUCAGUCUCCUGAAGAAUGUUGGUGAGAGAGUGGUUCUUGAAGUGGAAUAUGAACUGCCUCCUGUUUCUGUGCAGGGCUCAGGUAUUAUCCUGAAAACAGUCGAAGUGACUUUGCACAAAGAAGGCAACACAUUUGGAUUUGUGAUCAGAGGAGGAUCUCACGAAGACAGGAAUAGAUCUCGUCCAAUUGUAAUAACGUACGUCAGAGCCGGGGGGCCGGCAGACAGAGAAGGCACGAUAAAGGUUGGCGACAGACUUUUGAGUGUUGAUGGAAUUCGGCUUUUUGGAACAACUCAUGCAGAAGCCAUGAGCAUUCUCAAACAGUGUGGGCAGGAAGCAACAUUAAUUAUCGAAUAUGAUGUAUCUGUAAUGGAUUCUGUGGCAAAUGCUUCUGGCCCACUGAUGGUGGAAGUGGCAAAAACCCCUGGUUCAAGCUUGGGCAUUGCUUUAACUACCUCACUAUACUGUAACAAGCAAGUGAUCGUCAUAGACAAAAUAAAGGCUGCCAGCAUCGCUGACAGAUGUGGGGCUUUGCAUGUUGGAGAUCACAUCCUUUCGAUCGACGGCACUAGCAUGGAGUAUUGCACGUUAGCCGAGGCAACGCAGCUCUUAGCCAGUACCUCUGAAAAUGUAAAACUAGAGCUGCUACCAUAUCACCAGACACGGUUUGCUUUGAAGGGACCAGAACACGCUGCUCUGGUGUCAACGUCAUUUCCUCCUACCUCCAUGAGUGCAUACAGCCUGAGCUCCCUGAAUAUGGGGACCCUACCUCGCAACCUCUAUCCAACAAGUCCACGAGGAACUCUGAUGAGAAGGAAAUUGAAAAAGAAAGACCACAAGAGCUCUUUGUCUUUAGCCUCCAGUACGGUCGGUUCUGCAGGCCAGAUUGUUCACACAGAAACAGCGGAAGUGGUUCUAACCAGUGACCCAAUCGUAGGGUUUGGAAUUCAGCUCCAGGGAGGUGUUUUUGCCACAGAGACUUUGUCUUCUCCACCACUGAUUGCAUACAUUGAACCUGAUAGCCCAGCAGAAAGGUGUGGGUUGCUGCAGGUGGGAGACAGAAUCCUGACGAUCAAUGGGAUCCUGACGGAGGACAGCACACUGGAGGAAGCCAACCAGCUCCUUCGAGAUUGUGCCAUCAACAGCAAAGUCACUGUAGAAGUGGAGUUUGAUGUCGCAGAAUCAGUUGUUCCGAGCAGUGGCACAUUUCACGUGAAGCUCCCGAAGAGGAGCGGGGUGGAGCUGGGCAUUACCAUCAGCUCACCUGCAAGCAGAAGACCAGGAGAUCCUCUCAUUAUUUCUGACAUUAAAAAGGGAAGUGUUGCACACAGGACAGGAACUUUAGAACUGGGGGACAAACUCCUCGCCAUUGACAGCAUCCGCUUGGAUAACUGCUCCGUGGAAGAUGCCAUUCAAAUCCUUCAUCAGUGCGAGGAACUUGUGAAGCUGAAGAUACGCAAAGACGAAGACAAUUCAGAUGAACAAGAGAGCUCUGGGGCAAUCAUUUACACUGUGGAGCUAAAACGUUAUGGUGGUCCAUUAGGAAUUACCAUAUCUGGCACAGAAGAGCCCUUUGAUCCAAUAGUCAUCUCAAGUCUAACCAAAGGUGGAUUGGCUGAAAGGACUGGUGCCAUUCAUAUUGGAGACAGAAUCCUGGCUAUAAACAGCAGGAGCCUGAAGGGUAAACCUUUAAGCGAGGCCAUUCAUCUCCUACAGAUGGCAGGAGAAACCGUCACGCUGAAGAUUAAAAAACAGCUUGAUAAGUCCAGUCCUAAAAAAUCAUCGGUCUCAGGCCGACUGAGUGAAUUGAGCGAUGCAGAAGAUGAAAUUCCCACCGCACAAAAGCCAACCAAGCUAUGUGAGAUGUACUCAGCUACAAUACCCAGUGUGGACAGUGCGGUGGAGUCAUGGGAUGGGUCAGGCAUAGACACCAGCUAUGGAAGUCAAGUUCCAUCUGGAUAUCAAGCCUCUGGUUACAGCCUUCACGCUCAUGAAUGGAAAACUGCUAAACUGACGUAUCCACCUGCCGACAGGCACCAUAACCCUUAUCACGAUAUGACACUGAGUGAUGACGAAUGGGAAAGACCCACCACCAGUGGCUUCAAGAUUCGCAAUACCAUUUCGUCUACCGUGAGUGGUGUGAGCCAGUGGUUUCCAGAAGUAGGUGGGGGUAAUCCGUGUCUUCAAGAAAACUUAAGUUAUGUAGGUGGACAAGAUGGGUUAGAAGCAGAUCAGGAAGAAAAUUUUUGGUCGCAGGCCUUGGAAGAUUUAGAAACCUGUGGUCAAUCAGGAAUCCUGAGGGAAUUGGAGGCAACAAUCAUGUCCGGAAGCACACUGUGUCUGAAUGAUGAAAACAGCCUGACACACAGGCCACUGGGAAGACAAUCCAGCUUCCAAGAGAAAAAUGCUGUCAGAGCACAUUACACCCAGGUUGCCCGUAGCAACACUUUACCGUCAGAUGGCGUGAGAUCAAAGUCAUUUGCUAUUAGGAAGAUCAAGCAAGAAAUGAAAGAGAUCAUGUCACCAACACCAGUGGAGCUGCAUAAGGUAACACUAUACAAAGAUUCAGACAUUCAGGAUUUUGGAUUCAGUGUUUCAGACGGUCUGCUGGAGAAGGGUGUAUAUGUAAACACCAUUCGCCCAAAUGGACCAGCUGCCCUUGGUGGAGUCAAACCCUAUGACCGGUUAUUACAGGUAAACCAUAUUCGUACCAGAGACUUUGAUUGCUGCCUGGUGGUGCCAUUAAUUGCAGAUUCUGGCAAUAAACUUGAAUUGGUCAUCAGCAGGAACCCACUGGCUUCUCAGGAGGUGCUCUCUGAAGAUCAGUCUUUACAACUAGAAGAAUGGAAUGAGCAGGACGAAGCUCAUGGUUACAGGCAACACAAAGGAAGGCUUGGUAGUAGUGAGCUCCAAGAAAAUACCAACACAUUGUAGUGCCAGGUAUUCAGUCCAAUAGACUGAGGCAUUGUUUAUUCCCCCAAUGGUGCUAACUCACUUUUUAACAACUUUCAUUUGUAGAAAACCCAUCUUAGCAACCAUUCAUUAUUUCUCACAGGUACCAAGUGCAUACAUUUCAUAAAUGUACAGAAAACCUGUCUUUCUUCACACUGCAAAUGACAAAAGGUUUGACAAACAUUAAGCCAGUCUAUGCAGAGCACAGCCAUGAAGGAAAAACGUUGCCAAGAGCUCCCCACCCCCCACGGUGCUUACUGUCUAAAUUUGAGAUUGUUUUUGUAUAUUAUGAUGAUCUAUGAUGCUGCCAGCUGGUUCCUGGGCAAGAAAAAAGUUAUAGCAUGCUAUUUGAAAAUUGAGCAUUUAAAAUUAUACACAGAAAUGAUUAUUAAACUAUUAGUGCAGCAUUGUCUUUACCCAUAAUAAUUGUAAAUGAAUGAAAAGUUUAACACUGCACAGACAAUUAAUAUUAAGCUAGUCUUCUAUGAGCUAGUUUUUGGCCAAAGGUUAGGGCAUUGAGUCAAUUCUUGGCUUUUAUUUACAGCCCAUACUUAUAACAGUGAUGUAACAAUCAAGCUGACCCCUCUUUCACACUGCAAAAUAUUAGGAAUUAAAUUUUAGUGACACUUAUUUUGAAAAGCACCAACUUGCUAAAGAAUUUUCUGGGAUGAAAGUAAGAAAGAAACAUCCCAGUCCAAUACCACAGGUGACCUUCCAGGCUGGGAAUUUAUUGCCUCACCUUUUUCUAUGAAGAAUCUGAUAUUGCCAUAGAUAUUGUAACCGAUAUGCAUCUGCCAUGUGGAUUACUAGGUCUUGAAUCUCCAUCCAUUUUCAAACAUGUAAUCCUAAACCUGCUCACUUGUGUAAACUGUCUUCACAUUUUAUGGUCCAUUAUUGGGGUUGGUAACUAGUUAAGGAACACAUUUGUAUUUGUAAAUGAUUGACUUUAUAAAUCAGUAUAACGAAAUUUGAAUUUUACUUUGAUGUACAUGAACUUAAGGCUGGUUAAAUAUCUUAGUAUUAUCGUUGCUUGUGCCUCACUCACUAUAAUGGAUCAAAACGUAUGAGGGUAGAUUCUAAAAUUCUGUAAUCAUACAAUGUAGCAAGAGUGGCUAACAGAAAAAUAAGUUUCAGUAAAAUUUUAAUACUGCACUAUCCAACCAGUCAGAAAUCCUAAUGGUUUGGCAAUUAUGUCACCAUGAUAUUUCCCGUAGUCUCUCACUGGAGCCCCCAUUUCUGCACUCCCUUUAAACUCAGUCAAUUCCCCCCCCCCCCGAAACACCUUUUAAACUUGCCAGGUUCACAGAAAUGUUAAGGUAGUUCACUUUGUUUUUGAGUAUAAACAAGAUAAUAUCCUGUAGUGUGGAAAAUUUGCUUGUCCAGCACCACCAAAACCCUGAGAGUCCCAGCUGAAGUCUUACUGGUCAGAACUGCUGAUCCACCUCUAGUUGUAUUCCAUCUCACUGAUGAUUAAAGUCUACUCCCCAAUUUAAAAAUCAAGGGAAUGUUUCUACCCUCCUUUGACCCAUUAACCUUACAGUUACAUGUUAAAAUUUUCCAGCCUAAAUAUGUGAUGCAUAUUUUAAAAAGAAAAGCACUGCCAGCAACACAAAUACAGACAGCUACAACUUAGAUAUUACAGAUUUGAUUCAUGUCCUUUGGACAAUGUAUUUUUAUUUGCAACAAACAAGUAUUAUAAACUGUAAAGUAUUUUUGUACAAAUUUCCUACUUUGGUAGCAUGAUAUUUAUCGUCUAAGGUUUUGGGAAUCUUCACGGCUAAUUUGUAUGAGAUAUGCAAGAUUAAAUAAAACCACGUGAAACAAAACGGCUUCCUGGUGUAUGAGUGGGCACAGAUGCUGCUUGAAAGAUAAAAUUCAGAAUAAUUACAUUGUAAAAAUAAUUUUAGAAAAUUUAAAACAGCAGCUGAAAUUUCCACAAGUGUACUAUUCGAGGAUGUUUUAGUAACUAGUUUUUCCUGAUUGUUUGAUGCCAAUUAUCGCCAGUUUAAAAACAUAAUGCACAUACCAUUCAACUUCAGAUGUCAACUUGACCGCAGUCUAUUGCUAAUAU